GAAGCCGGGCUAUUUUUACUCAUUACUGUGUUUACAAUCAGGAAGGGCGCUGCGUGGCCAGACGAGCGACGUGACGAGAAGAGUUUUCGACACCUUCUUCUCUGCUACGAGAUUCGGUCUUUCUUUGUGGAGCGACUGCGAGCGGCGGGACGCGUCACGUCACGCAGCAUCGCGCCGCGGUUUUGUACCCCGUGUAUCUACUGCACUCGCGUCACCUAUUACACACACAGGCUAGCCUAGAGGGAAUGGUGACAGCACCCGGAGAGCGGACAGACACGGACAUACGGAGCAGGAAGCUCAGGCAGUCCCGUCGGCAAGCUGGCAGAGAGAUCCACGCAGACCUGUCGCCAGAGAACUUGUUGGGCCUUUGUGUCCCACUGACUCAGCCCAAGUGAGGCCCUCACACCUCUCUCAGAGUGACGUUUCUGCGCACGGGGUUUCUGAUGGGCAGUGCCAUGCCUCUUGACUGAGGAGGGGCUACAGGGGCAUAGCGCAUGAGAUUUGGAUGUCAGUCCUGCAGGUGUCUGCUGUGAGAGAAAUGAUUCCUCAUGAAGUUACUGGAUCACCUUCUCAUGGCAGGCGUGGUUCUCUGUGCUUCUCACUGAGCUCCAUGCCCAUCCACCGCUGAGCACCAGACAGACGCCACCACCCAGUAGGUCAGCCAGUGGGUGGGCAGACCCACCUUUCAAACCCUGACAGAGAAACAGAGAUAGAGUGUACCAAUAAGACCACAGAGCAGCUCCCUUCAGGGGCAAAAAGGGCGACAUGAAGUCGAACCAGGAGAGGAGCAAUGAGUGCCUGCCUCCGAAGAAGCGCGAGAUCCCAGCCAGCAACCUGCCGACCGAGGAGAAGCCCGCUGCGGUGGCAUCUGCCUGUGAGAGCCUGCGGGGUGAGAACCUGGCCUGGCUGGCCAGCGUGGCCACUACCUCUGAAUCCGACGGCCCUCUCUAUAAACCUCUCUCCGCCUCUUCUUCUUCCUCCUCCUCAUCCUCCUCAUCCCAGUCUAGGGCCCCCGUACCAGGGCCGACGGCAAUGUCUCUGCCAACAGUCUACACCUCAGCUGUCUCACAGCCUAGCGGAGCCAUCCAGUAUGCUCAGCUGCCACCCAACCUGCACUUUGUGAGCCCCCAGUAUACCACGCCCUACACAACCAGCUACAUGUCUCCCGCAGCCCCAGUACAGCGCCCUCACCUGGACACCUAUUCUAAGGUAGAGCAGCAGCACUCACUGGGUCGCCCACAGAGCCUCCCGCCAGCAGAGGGAACGUUAUCUCCCCAUGCAUCACAGGCUGCCAGCCAGUAUGUCCAGGUGGCCAGCUCACCACGGGGUUCCCUCCCAUUGCACCUCCACUCCCACUCUGUGGUCCCGCAGGCCCUUGCCCUUGCUGCCCACUCACAGGUACUGCUCCAGUACUCCGAUGGACCUGUGGCCAAGAAGGAGGAGGGUCGAGCGCGAGAGGUGCUGAAUGGGGAGCUGGAGAAGAGCCGGCGCUAUAGCUUGCCACCAGAGAGCACCCUGGGUAAGCAGGGAGGUGGGGCCAAGGGCACCUCUAGCCAGCAGCAUCAGCACCAGCAGCAGCACUACGAGGCCCGGCACAUUGUGCUCCCAGCAGACUACACACAGGACACCUCAGGGCUCCGUACCUCGCUAAUGCUUGUGCCCAACAGCCACACCAGUGCCGACUCUGGAAGCACUCCGGACAGGCCACCGGCCCCUGCGGCUCCAGCCAAGCCCGUCUCCCAAACAUCCUCCUCAUCUUUCGCCUUCCCCCCACCUCAGUCAGACCCCAAGGCCCCAACAGCCACACUGUCACCCCACACUGUAAUCCAGACUACUCACAGUGCCCCUGAGCAGCUUUCGCUGGGCCUGCCUUCUGCCAGCUUCUACCCCGCCCCCACACAGCCACCUAUUAUCGGCUAUAUCGCGGGCAGCGGCCAGCAGCAGCACGUGGGCUACCACGCUGCACUUCCACAGCACCUACUCAUCCCAGGCAGCCAGCCAAUCAUCAUACCUGUUAGCGGCGGCCGAGGGGCGGGGCCUGAUGCAGGACAAACGGCAGCAGCAGCAGCCACGGCCUCCCAGCAGUUCCCAGGCACCCCACCCCAAGCCUUUGUCGCCACUGCGCCCCCGAAGUGUGAGUCUUUUGAGCACACAGCACCCCCGUACCACACAGCUGCAGUGGUGCAGGCCCAGCUGCACCUGCCCCUGGUUCCAGCAUCACCCCCGGCACCCUCCUCGCCCUCGCUGCCGCCCUACUUCGUGAAGGGCUCCAUCAUCCAGUUGGCGGAUGGUGCACUCAAGCGCGUGGAAGAGCUGAAGACAGAGGACUUCAUUCAGAGCGCGGAGAUCAGCAGCGAGCUCAAGAUUGACUCCAGCACGGUGGAGCGCAUCGAGGGCAGCCAGGCACCCAACUUCGCCAUCAUCCAGUUUGCUGUUGGAGAGAACCGCACACAGGUGAGCGUGGAGGUCCUCGUGGAGUACCCCUUUUUCGUGUUCGGCCAGGGUUGGUCAUCCUGCUGUCCAGAGCGGACCACUCAGCUGCUGGAGCUGCCAUGCUCCCGGUUGUCGGUGGGCGAUGUCUGCAUCUCGCUCACCCUGAAGAAUCUGCGCAACGGCUCCUUGAAGAAAGGGCAAUCGCUGGACAGUGCGAGCGGGGCCGGCCUCCCGUUCAAGCCACCCAAGGUGGCCGGGAUCCACGGUGAGCAGGAGAAUGGGCUGGGGCAGCGGCCAGGGGCUGCUAUCAGCCUGCAGGCUACCUCCGCCAACGGGGACCUAAAGUUAGAGGAGAAAACAAGCAGCAGACCUCCACCUCCCAGAACUGAGAGCAGUGGCACCAGCAAGCCCACAAGCCGCAAGAGAAGGUGGUCUGCGCCAGAAGGCCGCAAGGUGGAGAAGGCCGAUGAAGAAGCCCCCUUGACUCUGCCCAGGCCCUCGUUCAUCCCUCAGGAGGUUAAAAUUAGCAUCGAAGGCCGCUCUAAUAUAGGCAAGUGAAGGUUCAAAGGACUUGCGUAAUAAAAUCCAGUGGAAAAAUUAUUCUGAUAAUGCUUUUUAUUUUAAUUUUUGUUUUUUUCAAUUGUUUUUUAAACUCUUAUCUAUCCAGGUUUCUGUAACUUAGGCUGAAUUUACCCAGAAUUCACCUUAUCUUACCCUUGGUCAAUGUAGUAAUAACUGUAGGAGUUAUACUGGGUAGUACGUGAGAAAAAUGGUGCAAUGGUUGUGUUCCACAUGUCCCAGACAGGUGUGUAGGGAGGGGCAGGUGGCGAGGGCGCCUUUCCUCCAGUGGUGAAGCUCUCCACCUGAAUGUAGGGGAAAGGACCACCACAGCGACUCUGAGACAGGAACAUGCGUCCUGUGAAAAUAACGGCGCCCCUUCAGUGCUUUAUGCAUCCAAGGAACACACCUGCUCCCCGCACCGAGGUUAGAAGUAUAUGCACAGGGUGGCACGGCGGAGUCGGCCCCCCCGUUGCUCGUGGCAACUGGGCAGUGGGCAGGGGGUCAACAUGAUGCCCAUCAUCCAGUGCAUGGCACAGUGUCCCGGUACCCAGGUGAUUGUCUGCUGUUAAUCUUUCUCUUAAGUCUUAUAGGUAUCACAUUUGUUUAUAGGGCUCAGAUCUUAGAUGGUCAAGGAAGCCCUGAACUCGUUUUUGUCAGGUGCUGGGAGCGCUGAAGCACAGGAACCACAAAGCAGAACAGCGUGGUCUCCGUUGCAAAGUAGAGUGCAGGGGCCAAAGUGGUAUGUUCCCAGCAGAUUUAAGGCACCACCGUUUUGCGAAUGAUCGUGUCACUCGCUGGGUUUUAGGGUUCGAAAGUCACUUUAAAGGGAAGUACCGACCCAGACAGAUGUUCAUCAAUGACCUUUGCGUGCAAUAUGUUUACAGGACUCUUUGUGGUCGAGUCAAAACCAGAUGUUGGAUCAGGACAAGCUGCCGCAGGCAGUUGAGUCAGAACCACGUUUAGGAGACGCAUGUUGAGUUUGCACAUGAUGUGAGAGGUGUUUUGUGAGGGAGGCUAGCGCUCCGCUAGCGAGCACAGCCGCGUGUCACAGGAGUUUGUCCCGGCGAACCAAGGCUGUUCAAAGUGUUUCCUUUUUGCAUUUCUUUUUAAUAGUUACCCUUCCUUCAAGGAGAUGGGAUAAGAGUGAGUGCAGGGGUUGUAUCCAUGGAGACUCCCUGGUCCCCCCCCCCACUUCCCUCUGCAAUGAUCACACAGCAGCCGUCAGAAAGGCUUCACGGUUAAGGUUUGCGUGAGGAUAGGAGAAAAGGGAACUUGAAAAAUAAAAUCAGAACGCGUCAAAAUUGCGUGAGACAUAAAAAUUAUAGCAAGUUUCAUAUUUAUAUUUUACUGCAUAUAUUGUUAAAUACCAUAGAGAAUAAAUGCAUAAAAUGACAUAUGACUGGCAAUAAUUUAUAUAUUUGUUGGCUAACAUAUGGAACAGAUAUUAAAAUACUGCACUUUUUCAGUCAUCUGAGAUAUUCGGGUUCCCUGUUGGUCCAGUGGGAGGAGUGAUGGCUGUCCCAGAGGAGUACAACUGUGAACCUCUUCUAUAUCUCUGGACUAAACUGAGUCCAUUUUUUAUAGUUAAUGGUAGUAAUUUUUUUAUUUUGAGGUGCAUUAUUUUAGUAGCUUGAUCACUUUUGUGUCAAACUUUUUUUGAACUGAAACCCUCCUGUCUUCUUGCUCCACUUGCUGCGUGUGUCCUGGUCGUGGACUGUAAGUGUGUGGUGCACAGGGGCUCCUUGCUGCCAUGUGUGAGAAAGGGAAACGAGGACACACGUGUCCAUGUGUUUGCACAUACACAGGCACACACCUGGGGAGGGCUUCCUUAACAUGGUGGAGCACUGUCUUGGCCCUCUUGUGCCCCCCCCCCCCCCUUGCUCUUGUGUGGAUGAUUACUAUUUUUAGUGAGUUUCUUGUGUGAGUGCUGAUGUUAAAGGGGUGCAGUACGAUGUUACCGGUGGGGCUGGCAGGAGUGUCUGCAACAUAUUGAAGCAUACGUUAUGUAUGUACUGUAUGUUUUGAUCCCGGUAUGCAUACAUCUGUGUGUGAGUGUACUGCUUGACUGUGAGCGCACACUUGGGACACACAGACGUGUACUCGUGCCUGCGUAUGUGUGUAGAUAUUUGUUUAAAGACACGUGUGUCUGGAUCCCCCGGACUGUACGUGUUGAAGUAACCUGGCGGUUUAGUGGUCAAGAGAACCCCCAAGCUCACGCUGGUGUUCAGCAGUGUGUACGUGUGUAAAAUUUUCCUGCAGUCAUGCAAAUGUGUACAUAUACAGUUUCGUGUGUGUGUGUGUGUGUGUGUGUGUGUGUGUUUGU